AUGCUCUUUUUCAGUUUCUUUAAAACUCUUGUCGACAAGGAAGUGAUUGUUGAAUUGAAGAAUGAUGUGUCGCUCCGAGGAACACUCCAUAGUGUGGAUCAAUAUUUGAAUGUAAAAUUGAAUAAUGUACAAGUGGAAGACAAGGAGAAAUAUCCAUAUUUGUGUUGCAUAAAGAAUUGUUUUAUUAGAGGUAGCACCGUGCGUUAUAUUCAACUUCCGGUAGCCGAUGUGGAUACGGAAGCGUUACAGGACGCAACCCGAAAGGAGCAUAUGCGUAAGAAAUAA